AUGCCAGCUGACUUACGUGGGCCGGCGGAAGGGGCGGAAGAGGAGGUACCGCGACUGAGCUGCCGGUACCCCGGACUGAGCGGUCGGUACACUGUGAGCCAGGACUCCGACCCUGAACCUCAGUCCCAGACCGAGGAGGACAGACCGGGGAGAGUCCGCGAGGGCCAGUCCAGGGAAGGGGGCGCCGGGCCCAAGCGGCGCCGCUGGGCCUGCGCGAGCUCCCGGGAGGUCCCAGAGCGGUGGCCUCAUCUCGUCCCCUUCCUGGUCUCCCAGAGCUGGUCACCCCGAGAAGGCCUUAUCCCCGGAAGCCGGUCAGGCAGCCCUCUCCCCUUACCCGCUCGGAGCCGGUCACCCCGAGGAGUCCGCGUUCGGUCCUCGGGAUCUGGUCACCCUGAAGAGGCCUCGUCCCGGAAGCCGGUCACCCCGAGAAGGCCCCCCGUCCCGUCGUUGGUCACCCUAAGGGAGCCCCAUCUUAGUCCCCGGGUCCAGUCAUUCCGAGGAGGCCCUGUCUUGUCCUCAAGGACCGGUCACCCAGAGGAGGCCCCUUCCCAUCCCUGUGCCCUGAGAAGCCCUAAUCCCUGGGGUCUGGUCACCCCAAAGAGGUCCCGUCCUCGUCCCGGAGUGACCAGUCAUCCCGAGGUGGGACCAGUGCCCUGGCCGGUGUGGCUGCAGAGGGAAAGUGGGCAGGCUGGUCAGGAACUGGAAGUCGGGGUGCAUCUGGGAGGGAGGAAGGAGCAGAAGCCACUGUCCCCAAUGGAGGAAGGAAUAAGUCUCUGCGCUGUGUCCCCAAGUGUAGUUACCGAGUUUUAGAAAUGAUCACCUGCUCUCACAACCUUAAUCGCAAACCUCUGUACAGGAGCAGGCCCCGACAGCAGGUGCAGAGCAGAUGGAGCCUGCACCCAUGUAGGUUCCAAGAAGCCUCCAUACUCUCUGUCCCCGAAAAGGCAAGUUGAAUUUUUCCAUUUCUUAUAACUUCACCUCAAAUAUAGGCCAGUAUGAUAUACACAUAAGUAAAAUGCUCUUGGUAUUUUGAUAAGUAUGUUUAAUUUUUAAAAAACAGACUUUGGCAAGUUAAACUUACUUACUUACUCAUACACAAAAUUAGAGAUGAAGCCAGGAUUAUGUUAUUUAGCCAUUUAAAGCCACGUUAAAUACUGACACCACAAAUAUUCAAAUUUCCUUCUGUAAUCCACUGUAGGUUCACAAGAUUAGGAGUAGUAAUUUUAAUCACUCAUUGUAAUUUAAUUUAUAGCAUUGCAUUCCAUAUUUACUUUUGCUAUGUACUGUUUUUAUUUCUUUUAAAUGUGCUUGCUUUUAACAUUUUAAAUGCUUUGGUGCCAGUGUCUGGGCUUCUGAGAAUAAAUUUAUUUUCACCUUAAGACAGUAUAGAGGACUAAGGUUCUGGAGUCAGACUACCAAAUUUGUCUAGUCCUACCUCUGUGCCCUUGCAUAAAUUACGUAAACUUUUAAAACCUUGCUUUCUAUCAUCUGUACAAUGAGGAUAUUAAUAGUAUUUACCUUCCAGAUUAUUAUAAGGAUUCAAUGAGACAAUUUGUGUGCUUACCACAGAGCAAAUGCUCAAUAAAUGUUGGCUUUUGUAACUAUUACUUCCACAUCCUAUAAUUGUAUAAACUUUCUCCUUGAGAACAUGGAUCAGUUAUCUUACUUUUUGAAAUCUUGAAAUUCAUUUUCAUAAGUAUAAAACAUAAAUUCAUUUAUGCUUACC